GUGAAGCUAGACGACGAAAUUCUAAUAUAACACCGGAAAGUCGCGCCAAAAUAAAAGUUCGAACUACAUCGAAAUAUAGCAAAUAUACAAUAUAUUUACAUAUGUCAGUUAAUCUAAGUUUAAAUUUAACUUGAGAUAUUUUUAACAUUUGUAUUUAUGUCCUUUUCAUCUGGAUAAAAGCUAUAUAACAUCGUUUGACGGGCGUUAUGUAAACUUUAUAGUGAAAAUCCCAACAGGAAAUGUAUAUGAUUGCUGCUGACUUAAUGAUAGUUUAAGCUAAGCUGGGUGGUUAACAUCGAGACUAGUACAACUGACCGUCAGCAAAUUCAUUACCGCAGAACACUAUGAAUCAAGAGAAGCUCGCUAAACUUCAGGCUCAGGUCCGGAUAGGUGGAAAGGGAACGGCCCGCAGGAAGAAAAAGGUUGUUCACAAAACUGCAACAGCUGACGACAAAAAGCUGCAGGGCUCUCUGAAGAAACUGGCAGUGAACAACAUCGCAGGGAUAGAAGAGGUGAAUAUGAUAAAAGAUGACGGGACGGUGAUUCACUUCAACAAUCCCAAAGUUCAGGCGUCUCUGUCUGCCAACACCUUCGCCAUCACGGGCCACGGAGAGACCAAACAGCUGACAGAGAUGCUGCCCGGCAUCCUGAGCCAGCUGGGAGCCGACAGCCUCAGCAGCCUGCGCAAGCUGGCUGAGCAGUUCCCACGGCAAUCAAUGGACAUGAAAGCGGUCAAGGAGGAAAACGCAGAAGAGGAUGAUGACGAUGUCCCAGAUCUUGUGGAGAAUUUUGAUGAAGCCUCAAAGAAUGAAGCAAACUGAUGAUUUUCCUUUUCUUUUUUUUUUUUCGCCCCCUCGGUCAACCGUUUUCAGUUUUUAAUUUUAAUUUUUUUUUAACCUCUCACAGCCUCACAAGGGGCACUUCCUUUUGUGGGGGAACGGUUGUUAAAGGUGCGGUGCAUCAUCUCCAGAGACGUAAACCAUUUCGGGUUAGCCUGCAGCUGCAGCAGCACUACGACACACACACACACACACACACACACACAUAAGUUCUGAUUUCACUAGUCGGUUAUAUUGUGGACACCGUAUCUGUAACUCUCAGCACCCAAAGGACUCGCAAUAGUUUAGAAAUAAACUUCUUAUAUGGUUAAACGUGGCUAGUAUUUAAGAGAUUAUUAAAUUGCAGUUAAUGUGAAUGAGUGAUUCACUUAACGUUAUAGUUGUGAUUAUGAAUUUAAUAAAACAUUUUUGGGCUAUUA